AUGCAAGACAUUGAAGACUUUUGGACCUGGGCUCAGACUGAGCUGCGGGGGUUCGUACAAAAACAAACUGAUGGCGCGCUGGAGGUGGACCUUUCUCGUAUCAUCACGUCAGGCGAGAGUGUAGGUGGUUUCCUGAGCCUCAUCACUGGCUUGAGUCAUGCUGAAAGCGUUCGCUCUGUCAUGGCUGCAUACCUAGUGGUCGAUCUUCGAUCCACACAUUUUACGGAUUAUGAAAAAGCGGUUCUUGGUAUGCCUCAAAUGCCCUUGGAUAUGAUCAAGGAGCACAUGGCCAAAGUUACAGAUGGAAGGAUCCCAUCUAUUGUGUCUAGCGACCCCAAAGGCGAGAGGAUUGAACUGAUGUUUGCGUUCAUCCAGCGCGGGGCUUACCGGGACUCAUUCCCUCCUGAUCAAAGGCACAACGCCAUCUUAGAAGAGGUCCAGAUUCCCCAGAGGUGGUGUUCUUGCGAUGCACGGGAGAAAUGA